CUUACUUAAAUUACCCCACUCCAAGACAUUAUUUUAGUACCACAAAAUUUGAACUAAAUUUCCAAACUAAACUAAAGUCUGCCCUUGAGUCUUCAAAGAAAGCAACCAGUUGAAGUUGAACCCAAAAGCUCCAACUGUGUCAGUGUCUCCACCACCGUCCGCCUUCCACCGACCACCAUGGAUGAAGAAAAUACACUGAAACUCUACUUCAUUCCAUACCUAGCAGCUGGUCACAUGAUACCUCUGUGUGACAUAGCCACACUCUUCGCCUCACGUGGCCAACACGUGACCAUCAUCACCACUCCCUCCAACGCCCAAAUCCUUCGAAAAUCCAUCUCCGAUGCCGUCAUCCACCUCCACACCGUCCAAUUCCCCUCCAAACAAGUUGGCCUCCCCGACGGCGUCGAAACCAUGACCGCCCUCACUAACCUCGCUGACUCCGCCAAAUUCUACCAAGCCGCCAUGCUCCUCCAAGGCCCAAUCGGAGAUUUCGUGGAGCAGAACCCACCCGACUGCAUCGUUGCCGAUUUCAUGAUGCCAUGGGUUGGUGACCUCGCCAACAGGCUUCGAAUCCCGAGACUCGCCUUCAACGGCUUCUCCCUCUUCACCGUCUCCGCCAUGGAAUCCAUCAGAAAACACCGCUCCCAAACCGACCCGUUUACCAUCCCGGAUUUUCCUCACCAUAUCACCCUGCGCGCGAGACCACCGAAAUCCACCACCGGAUUCAUGGAAUCUCUGCUGGAGAAAGAGCUCACAAGCCACGGGUUGAUAGUGAACAACUUCGCCGAGCUCGACGGAGAAGAGUACAUCGAGCACUACGAGAGAAUCACUGGUCACAAGGCUUGGCAUCUUGGCCCUGUUUCUCUGAUUCGAAGAACAGAGCAAGAUAAAGCAGAGAGGGGGCAGAACAGCGUGGUGAAAGUGGACGAGUUACUGAGUUGGCUCAACUCGAAGCCACUAAACUCAGUUCUCUACAUCUGCUUCGGUAGCGUGUGCCAUUUUCCUGAUAAUCAGCUUUACGAGAUUGCAAGCGCUAUUGAAGCUUCAGGUUAUGGAUUCAUAUGGGUGGUUCCUGAGAAGAAGGGGAAAGAGGAAGAGAGUGAAGAAGAGAAGAGAAAAUGGCUUCCGAUUGGGUUUGAAAAGAAGGGGAUAAUUAUCAGGGGGUGGGCUCCGCAGGUGGUUAUACUGGGCCACCGUGCGGUGGGUGCGUUUGUGACGCAUUGUGGGUGGAACUCCACUUUGGAGGCGGUUAGCGAGGGGGUUCCGAUGAUCACGUGGCCGGUGCACAGUGAGCAAUUCUAUAACGAGAAGCUGAUUACGGAGGUGCGGGGGAUUGGCGUGGAGGUGGGUGCAGAGGAGUGGAGCUCCAUUGGGUUUGGGGAGAGGGAGAAGGUGGUGAGCAGGGAGAGUAUAGAGAAGGCUGUGAGGAGGUUGAUGGACGGUGGUGAUGAAGCGGAGCAGAUCAGACGGCGGGCACAUGAGUAUGGGAGGAAGGCUAGGCUGGCUGUUGAAGAAGGUGGCUCCUCCCACAACAAUUUGACGGCUUUGAUUGAUGAUAUUAAAAGAUUGAGGGCCUAAAUGUGUUUAUGUUUAGCACUUGUUGGGUAUUUAUAGUACAACCAAAGGCAAACACAAACAAGGUUCAUGAGAGGCAACAAUUUCUAUACUGUGAGGCAAUAGCAGUCUUGUGAGGCUACAAGAGAUUGCAUGUGAAGCAACAGUACGUUGCUCUUGUAGUCUUGUCUUGUGAGGCAACAAAUGAGCAUGUGGUGCUUUAGGUUGGUAUUUACAUAACAACUCUCUCUACCAAUCUAGAGAGUUUUAUCCUGACAGAGCUUCCCAUGAGGUCUCUCUACCAAUAUUUAAUGUAGCAUUCAUAGGAUAUCAAGCCUAAAAUCUAUGCUUAAAUUAGAAAAAUUAUGUGUCAGACUGUCAGUUAAUCUAUACAUUAUUUGGUA